CCCCUUGGUUCUCCCAUGACCCCAAGUCCUCCGCUGGAGAAGUAACUGCCUUUCACACUUUCCCUGGUUUUUGUCCUCUCCCCAUUUCCUCCUGCCCUUCAUUGUAUAUUUUUCUUCCCGGCUUUCCAGUGCCCAUCUGCAUGGAGUCUGCAUGGAGCUCGGUGGGGUUGAAAGUCGAGAGCUUUUUUUGCUGUUUUAAGACCUGGUUAUGGUUGUGGGAUUUUUUUUUUUUUUUUUUGUCAGCUGCCUGUUAUAUCAAUCACGGAGUCGGGAUCUAUUUAUAGGUUGGGAGUACUGUGUCCUUAGUCACAAAGAGACACAGACAGGGGACUGUCAGCUGGUGCUGGAGGAGCUGAGCGACGAGCCAUCAGCGACUGGAAACAGCUGAGGGGAGCCCCUUCCCCGCCACCCUGUCCCCUCCCCAGCCCCAAGCAUGCUGCUGAACAGGAUGUCCGCAGACGAUCGGCACCUGGGCUCCAGCUGCGGCUCCUUCAUCAAGACCGAGCCGUCCAGCCCGUCCUCGGGGAUCGAUGCCCUCAGCCACCACAGCCCCAGCGGCUCGUCAGACGCCAGUGGCGGCUUCGGUCUAGCCCUGGGCGCCCACGCCAACGGUCUGGACUCGCCGCCCAUGUUCGCGGGCGCCGGGCUGGGAGGCACCCCGUGCCGCAAGGGCUACGAGGACUGUGCCGGCGGCCUCAUGGAGGACUCGGCCAUCAAGUGCGAGUACAUGCUCAACGCCAUCCCCAAGCGCCUGUGCCUCGUGUGCGGGGACAUCGCCUCCGGCUACCACUACGGUGUGGCAUCCUGCGAGGCCUGCAAGGCUUUCUUCAAGAGGACCAUCCAAGGCAACAUCGAGUACAGCUGCCCAGCCACCAACGAGUGUGAGAUCACGAAACGGAGGCGCAAGUCGUGCCAGGCCUGUCGCUUCAUGAAAUGCCUCAAAGUGGGGAUGCUGAAGGAAGGUGUGCGCCUCGACCGAGUGCGUGGAGGCCGCCAGAAAUACAAGCGACGGCUGGACUCAGAAAGCAGCCCGUACCUGAGCUUACAGAUUUCUCCUCCUGCUAAAAAGCCAUUGACUAAAAUCGUCUCCUACCUGCUGGUGGCUGAGCCAGACAAACUCUACGCCAUGCCUCCCCCCGGCAUGCCAGAGGGUGACAUCAAGGCUCUGACCACUCUCUGUGACCUGGCAGACAGGGAGCUUGUGGUCAUCAUUGGCUGGGCCAAGCACAUCCCAGGCUUCUCCAACCUCUCUCUGGGGGACCAGAUGAGCCUGCUGCAGAGCGCCUGGAUGGAGAUCCUUAUCCUGGGCAUCGUGUACCGCUCGCUGCCCUACGACGACAAGCUGGUGUACGCGGAGGACUACAUCAUGGACGAGGAGCACUCCCGCCUUGCGGGGCUGCUGGAGCUCUACCGGGCCAUCCUGCAGCUAGUGCGCAGGUACAAGAAGCUCAAGGUGGAGAAGGAGGAGUUUGUGACGCUCAAGGCCCUGGCCCUGGCCAACUCAGAUUCCAUGUACAUCGAGGAUUUGGAGGCGGUCCAGAAGCUGCAGGACCUGCUGCACGAGGCGCUGCAGGACUACGAGCUGAGCCAGCGCCACGAGGAGCCGCGGAGGACGGGCAAGUUGCUGCUGACGCUGCCCCUGCUCCGGCAGACGGCCGCCAAGGCGGUACAGCACUUCUACAGCAUCAAACUGCAAGGCAAGGUGCCCAUGCACAAACUCUUCCUGGAGAUGCUGGAGGCCAAGGUCUGACAGCCUGGCCCAUGGACGGACUCCCGCCCAAGGACAGACGGAUGGACCGACGCGAACACCUCCACAGCCACCAGCCUCAACAUUCAAGUCCUGUAUCAUGGCCGCGAGCCGUCCCGGCGGAAGGGGCUCCUCGCCUCCUGGCUGUGUGCAGAGUCCCGGGUGCUGGAGGGGCGGGGGUUACGGGGAUGGGAAGGCAGGUGCGGGGUUCAUCUGUAACUGGCUUUUUUUUUCAUUUGGUUUUUUUUUUUUUUUUCUCUCCGCCACGGGCAAUGCCGAGGCCUGGGCCAGAGCUGACUACCCCCUGAGGCUGGAGACCACCCAGGAGGAAAGGCCCCGUCUCCCCACCUGAUCACCAAGAGGCAGCACAUACAUUUCGUGACCACCUCUCUGACAUCCCCCCUCCCCUCGGCCUCCACCCACGGCCUGGGCAGGCAGUGAUGAGUGCCAAGGACUCUGGCAUACUCAGGUGGGGGUAUACUUUCGGGGGCUUUCCUCUCCCAGAAAGCAGGUACUUUCUUCCAGAGGGCCUGCCUACUCUGAGGUUCUGCCUCCCAGGAGGCCCCACGCCUUCCACAGUCCAUACAGCUUCCUCCUUCCAUCCUUCACCUAGGCUCCCAGGCCAGCCCAGCUCACCAUCUGGGGACUAGCUUCCAGAGCUCAUGGAUUUUCCUGGUCACCCUGUCCCCUUGGUGCACCCCCCACCCGUCUGACACCGCUGCCCCAGGGCCCGCUCCCU